AUGAAACGCAGUGCGCCCCCGGCUGGCUGUAAAAGGCUCACCCUCCUCCUUUUACAUUUCAGUCACGGAGCUUUGCUCAGAUUUGAGAUGAAGCAUGGAGGAUGUGUUUUUUUAUGCCGCAUGUAAUAGCCUAAUUUAAAUACAAGUAAUUCGCGCUUGGCAUCGACGCCUUUGCUUUAUCUGAUAUCACAUUUGGAGGUUUUAUUUAGAUCCAUUACCUUUGGAGCGCGUCAUUUUGGAUAAUCUGCAUUGCUUGCAUCCGACCGAGCGACUGCACCUCGUCGAAGGACGUUUUAUGCUUUUACACCCGUCCGUUUGCACAAUAAACUCUAGCCUGAAUAUAGCCAGUAAGAAUUAUUUUUGGCUGACUUGGACAAAGAGUUAAUGAUUUGCAAUUAAUGUCACAGCUGGCGAUACAUUGCGAUGCUUAUCAUCCAACAGCAAUGAUGCUGCAGUACGAGAGCAGUAUAGCCUAGGAAGGUGAUGGACAAUGUCCUGUCCAGCGGGUACACGACCCCUGCGCUCCUGGUCCUGAAUGCAGCGGAGAGAGACACCUAACCGGGUGUCACCGUCAACCCUGGAUGCUGCGCCGAAGAAUGGGAUACGCCGACCCAUCGUCGGGUAAAGAUAUACUCGGCAAUAGAUCCCUUUGUUUUAUAUUCAUUUGCGCAUUUGGACUCGUCACACUAUUGCAACAAAUUCUCUACGGAAAAAACUACAUUAAGAGUGCGCAACAGUUUAGCCGACUCAAAGGGGACGAGACAGGAAAUUGGACCGGUCCCAUUAAUUUCUCGGAUGAUGGAUCUCUGAAGCCUGCCAGAAAUGGAAGGAAAAGAUGUUUCCGUCAGAAUUUUCAGCCAGAUUCACAGAUCUCCGUAAUAGUCACACCCUGCCUAGCCGAUAUUAAGAAGAAAAAAAAAAGGUAUCUGGAAACCUAUGAUGGCUCAUAUGAAUACAACUCCACUGCAUGCAGGGAGCUCAGACAGGAGAUUAUGGACGUCAAAGUCUUGACAAUAAACAUUAAUCGGAAAAUACAUGGCCAUGGGUAUCCUUCCUCAUUCCACAAGUCUCUCUGCCUGUCUGCCAGGGUGAAAACCUCAGACCUGUUUGAGCGGUGGCGAAACCUGCAGGUGUGUAGAUGGGAGCAGAAUAAGGAGGAGACCAGCAACUUCAAGAUGUCUCUGUCUCGUUGCUGUAAUGCUCCUUCCUUUCUCUUCACCACCAAGAGGAACACUCCUGCAGGGACCAAGCUGAGGUACGAGGUGGACACCAGUGGUAUUCUUCCCAUCACGACUGAAGUCUUCAAUAUGUUACCGGAUGACAUGCCGUAUUCCAAAUCACAGUACAAGAAAUGCGCUGUUGUUGGAAAUGGCGGCAUCAUCAAGAACACCAAAUGUGGGAAGGAAAUUGACUCAUCAGAUUUUGUUUUUAGGUGCAACAUACCACCCAUCAAUGCAAAGUACUCAGCUGAUGUUGGCACUAAAACAGAUCUGGUGACAAUAAAUCCUAGCAUUAUUACUGAGAGAUUUCAGAAGCUGGAGAAAUGGAGGCGACCGUUUUACGAAGUCCUUCAAAAUUACGAGAACUCUUCAGUGGUGCUUCCCGCCUUCUACAACACUCGCAACACCGAUGUCUCUUUCAGAGUCAAGUACAUGCUGGAUGACUUUGACUCCCAGAGAGGCGUGUUCUUCUUCCACCCGCAGUACCUGCUCAACGUGCAGCGUUUCUGGGCGGUCCAGGGUGUCCGGGCCAAACGGGUCAGCAGUGGCCUGAUGCUAGUGACCGCCGCCUUAGAGAUGUGCGAGGAAGUCCACCUCUACGGUUUCUGGGCGUUCCCCAUGAACCCCUCUGGCAUCUUCAUCACUCACCAUUACUAUGACAACGUCAAGCCACGGCCGGGCUUCCAUGCGAUGCCCCAUGAAAUUUUCAACUUUAUUCACAUGCAUACUCGUGGGAUCCUCAAUGUACACACGGGGCAGUGCACGUGAUCCCUCACUCCUCUGAUUUGAUGUGGUUAAACUUUUAGUUUUUUUAUUUUCAAUCAGGUUUAGGCUUACACGUUGUGUUUUCUUUCAGUCAAUGAGACACGUCACCUUUCUCUCUAUUGAAAGAGAGUCGGCCUCCAGAGCGUACACUUAUUCUACGACACAGUCAAGGUUGCCUACUUUCAUUGCCAACACACUUCUCUUUUCUUUUUUAUAACAAUGUUUUUAUUGAUUUCAUACUUCUCCUUUGAUGUGUACCUUGAUAUACUUUAAGCCAAUCAAAUCACAAUGGUCAUCUCCGACCAUAGGAUGCUUGUUUUUAAUGUGAAAAGUGGUCUUCAUAGUGAUGUUGUUUCUGUGAAGUUUUCUAGUGGCUCUGCUGUACAGAGGUGUUGUUUUCUACCCAACGUUUCACAGAUAUUUAUGCUAAAAUGGGUCCCAGUGGGUGUUUUUUUGCCCCCUCAUUCCUCCUGUCUUCUCUCCUAAUCUUGGACACUCUGUGGGUGUGGCAGCUUUUAAUGUUUGUGUAAAAUAUAAACCUGAAUCUUGAUAUUAAGAUAAUAUUUGAAAAAAUGAAAAUGAAAAAAGAUUGUAACAUUCAUUUGUCUACUUUUGUAAUCUAUUUCCUAUUCACCAGAUUCACUGGGUUAAUAUUUUAAAAAACGCUAUUGAAACGACGGUUUUCAGUGGCCUACUUUCUCCCAUCUAAAAAUAUCCUCUGAUAUAUCUGGUG